CCUUUGCCUGCUUCCUUCUCGGUGUCCGGGGAAUGGUCUGAGUGCGACUCUGGAUCAUUCUAGGUGAUACUAUGGGGUUCAGCCUUCUUUCGAUAGCACCGGCACUUCUCCCACUGUUCCAGCUUCUGCUGCAUACACUACCACUCUGUGCAAACCCAGAGUCUGGAGUGUCAUUCUUUGGAGAUGGCUACGUGGAGAUGCCCUUGGUGAGCACUUACAACACUCUCCAGCUUCAUGUGCAGUUCUACACCCAGCAGCGGAGUGGACUCCUUUUCCUGGCGGCAGGGCAGACAGACUAUCUCCUGCUGGAGCUCCGGGCUGGCAUCCUACAGGCCAGAAUGGACCUGGGCUCAGAAGAACUGACCAUCAAGUCCCCAGCAGGGCCACACUUCAAUAACCUUGUGAUCCAUGAUGCUGAUCUGUUCGUGGCUGAUGGGCGGAUGACCCUGAUGGUGGAUGGCCUCUUCAACACCUCUGUGGAAAUUCCAGGGCCUCUGCAAGAGCUGGAUGUUGAUUAUGGCCUCUAUGUGGGAGGGACAGGGACCCUGGAGCUACCAUAUCUCACCCGAGUGACUGUGCCAUUCAGGGGCUGCCUGCACACAGUGACAUUCAAUGACAAGGAUGUCCUCUCCGCACUGGCAUCUGGCAGUGGCACCAAGCGGUCCCACGGGAUCCGAGAGGGGUGCAGUGUAGAAUUCUCCGCUAGUCCCAACGAUCCCCUCAGCUUUCUGGGACCGAACUCUUAUAUUGCAUUCCCCGGCUGGAGUGCAAGGAAUGAAGGGACCAUUGAGUUUGUGAUCACCACAAGUGUCAAACAAGCCCCUCUGAUUUAUCAGUCAGGGCUUGAGAAUGACUUCUUUUACCUGGAGAUCUUUGACGGGCGCUUAAGAGGGGUGGUUGAAAAAGGGAAUGGCAUUGUGGUGCUCCACAACAACAUCUACCUCAGCAAUGAGCAGGACCACUAUGUCAAGGUCUACAUGGAUGUACGGAAGUUUGAAAUCCUUGUUGACUACUAUGCCUCCCAGACCUCCAACAAGGGGAUCCACAGUCACCUCGAUCUUCAAGGGCCUCUCUUUGUUGGAGGUCUGAAUGAGAAGGCUGCCCAAAGGAUGAGAGAGCGUGGACUGGCUUUUAUGUCUGGGAACAGCUUCACCAACAGCUCCUUUGUGGGCUGCCUGGAGGACCUGAGGAUCAAUCAGGAGAAGAGGAGUUUGCAAGAUGCUCUCAUCACAAGGGAUGUGACAGCUGGCUGCAGGAAGCUGGAUCAGUACUCAGACUAUGAGGAUGCUUAUGAGCAGGAUGAGGCCCCCACAAGCCCUGCUCCAGACAAUUGGCAGGACCCUAUUAUGGAACCGUGCCGUCCUGAUCCUAGCCUUCCCCCAGUCUUUGCUAAUUUCACCAAACUGCUGCAUGUCAGUCCCUUGGUUGUCGCUGAAGGAGGCACGGCUUUUCUGGAGUGGCGGCACACCCAGCCAACCAUCGACCUGAGCACUGCAAACAUCAGGCAGUCUCAGGUUCUUUUCAGUGUCAACAUGGAGCCAAGGCACGGACAACUGGAGUUAGGCAUCUCCCGGACCAGGGGCAGAAGGAAAUUCACUCUGUUGGACAUAGUGAAUCGGAAAGUCAAGUACGUUCAUGAUGGCUCCGAGAGACCAAUGGAUCAGCUGUUGCUGGAGGUAACCGUCACUGCCAGAAGAGGGAUUCCAGAGUGCCUGUGGCAAGGCCAAAUCUAUUUGCUGCCCAUAAAGAUCAACCCAGUCAACGAUGCCCCUGAAGUGGUCUUUCCACAGGGAGAUCGCAUGGUCAUUCUGGAGCACACACGGAAGUAUCUCAGCCCGGACAUUGUUCAUGCACUUGAUGAUGAUACUCCCUGUGACAGCUUGCGAUUCCAACUGCUUGGUGGGAAGAGAAUAGAAGAAGGUUAUGUAGAAUACGACUUCCAACCUGGAGUCCCAAUUGAGGAGUUUUCCUGCAGGGACUUGGAAACAGGCCACGUGGUCUAUGUCCACCAAAAUGGGCCCACGGCAACGCUCAUUGUCCAAGUUAAUGAUGGCAUGGUCAUGAGCCCAGUGGCUACCUUGAGGGUGGUUGCUGUGGAGCCAGACAUCCAAGAACACAACAACACAGGCCUCUUUGUCUCACAAGGGGAUGCUGUUCCAGUCACCACAACAAACCUGUCUGUAGAGACCAAUGCAGUCCAGCAAAAAGUCCCCAUCCUAUAUCGCUUAACUGUGCCUCUCCAGUAUGGUGAGAUCCAAAAGCAAGGGAGCCUUGGUGGAGAAUGGAAGAAGGUGGAGUCUUUCUACCAGCAGGAUAUUGAACAAGGCCGUGUCCAAUAUUACAGCACAGAUGAAGAGCACCGCACAGAAGAUAUGACUGAGAAGCUACAGUUCUUAGUCCAGGUGGGUCAGAAGACUCUAAGAAACAACACAUUCCUCAUCAGAAUUCAGAGGGCCACCAUCAGGAUGAAGACCAUGAUCCCCCUCCAGAUGAAGAAUGAGAAAGAGAAGAACAUCACUGCUGCUGAAUUGGAGGCAGCUUUGGAGGAGCCAAAUUCUAGCUCAGAGUCUUUUCACUAUAUAAUUAUUCAGCCACCCAAAAAGGGGAAUCUUGAGCUUCAUGGCACUAGGCUGACUGAUGGCAUUGGUUUUACACAAGAGGAUUUGCAAAGUUAUCAGCUGCGCUACAGCGCAACCAUCCGAGACUCAAAGGAGAGCGAAGACUCAUUCCAGUUCCGCGUCAUGGCUGGAGCACAUUACUCUCCUGUAUACACUUACAGAAUACGGAUUGGGGGAGACCCAGAGGUCCCAAUCCUAACCAAUGUUCUUUUGUCUGUUUUAGAAGGAGGGCAAGCUGUCAUUUCCAAGGACCACUUAUUUGUCAAGAGCAUGAACAGCAUGAACUACAUGUAUGAGGUGAUAGAUGGCCCAACACAUGGGAAGCUGAUAUGGAGAACACCUGAGGAUGUGCCAGCCAGUGAGGAGGUGAUAACAAAGUUCACCAAUGAAGACAUCCUCCAAGGCCGCCUCGUGUACCAGCAUGAUCAUUCUGAGACCCUGGAGGAUGACAUUCCAUUUGUGGCCAUCAAGCAGGACGAGGGAAGCUCUGACUUUGAGGCUGAGGAUGUGAGAGGAGUGUUCAGAGUCUCCAUUCAGCCUGUUAAUGACCAUCCCCCAGUCCAACUGGUCAACAAGGUCUUUACUGUGGUGCGUAACGGGCAGCGCUUGAUGACCACCGACGAUAUUGCUUUCGUUGAUGAGGACUCGGGCUUCUCUGACAACCAGUUGGUGCUAGUAAGGAAGGACAUUCUUUUUGGCAGCAUCAUUGCCGUCAACAACAGAAGCCACCAGGUGUAUCGCUUCACUCAGGAUGAACUAAGGAAGAAGAAGAUCCUCUUUGUCCAUUCUGGAGCCGACCGAGGCUGGAUCCAGUUCCAAGUAUCAGAUGGUCUGCACCAGAUUACAACCCUCCUGGAAGUGCAAGCUUCAGACCCUUACCUCAAAAUCAACAACCUCACCAGUUUAGUCAUCCACCAGGGCAGCCAACGGACCAUCGACUUCUCAGUCCUCAGUUUGGAAACCAACAUGGAUAUCAGGAAUGAUGAAGACAUUGUCUUCCACAUCAUAGCCCCACCCAAAUGGGGAGUGGUGCUGAGAGGCGGGCAGGAAGUGUCAUCUUUCACCCAGACAGACCUGCUGGCAGGAGAAGUUCUUUACCACCACAAUGGGAGCCGGAGCUCCCAGGACAAGAUCCAUCUCUCAAUCGAAGCAAACCAGGUGGCCACAGAGGCUGUGCUGAUGAUCAAAAUAUUUCUAGAUUCCCAGCCCAGCCCACUAAACAUCAUUCACCAUGAGAGGAUACACAUUCUCCAAGGAGAAGCCGUGGAGAUUAAGAAUGACUACUUGCUAGUUGAACAUGAAGACAUCUCUCCCCAGGACAUUGUCUACAUGGUCACUAUCCCUCCCCUUUCAGGCUUCCUGGUGGCCUUAUCUCAUGGCCCUUCUUCAGAUCAACCUCCAAGCUUGGACCCCAUCCAGACCUUCACUCAGGAAGACAUCAAUGAAGGCAAAGUCCUCUACCUCCAUUCCAGCCCUGAGAUACAGAGCGACCACUUUACCAUCGACAUCACGGCCAAUGGGGUGGAUACCCUGGAAGGGGUUGUGGUGGAACUGGAGAUCCUUCCUAUUUCUGUCCCACUGGAGGUUCACAACAUCACAGUGACCGAAGGGAGCACCCAGGCACUCUCCAUGGAUGUCCUGAACAUCCCCAACAGUUACUUCACAGCUCUUAAUGUGGAUUUUGUCAUUCUUGAGCCACCACAGCACGGCAUUUUACAGAACAUGGAGAGACCCAAAGAGGGCAGCCUGAAUGUCUUCUCCUGGUUUGAGGUGGAACAUCAGCUCAUUCAGUACGUGCAUGAUGGGAGCGAGUCCUUGGCUGACAGAUUCACGGUAGUGGCCAACGUCUCCGAGGUCAACCAGCAGAGCCAACCCAGGACAGUCUCCAUCAACAUUAUUCCAAGCAAUGAUGAGGCACCAGUGCUGAUGGUCAACGUGGGACUACAGAUGCAUGAAGGUGGCAUAGCAGAGAUUACUGCUGAUCUCCUCAGCAGUGAAGAUGAAGACAGCCCUCCAGAGGAAGUGGUUUAUUCCAUCAGGACACCAGUCAAUGGGAAGGUCGUGUUGAAGUCAUCACCCACCAACUUGAUCCAACGGUUCACCCAGGCCCAGAUCAAUAGCCAGCUUGUUCAGUUCAUCCAUCAAGGGCCCCUAGAUGGAGGUUUUUCCUUUGAUUUAUCCGAUGGAGAGAACAUGUCUCCCGGGCACUUCUUUGUUGUGAAAGCCCAGAAGAGACUGGUCAUCACUCUGGAAAACAAGCAAGAUCUGACUGUGUGCCCAGGCUCUUCUCAGCCAAUCAGAAGCCAGAACUUGAAAGCAGUGACCAAUCAUGAGGCAGAAGCCCGGUUGCUAUCUUACAUCAUAGAACAGCCUCCAAGAUUUGGCAGACUGGUGAACAGCCAGAAGGCUGAUGAUGGAGAGAUGCUGAGGAACUUCACCCAAGCUGAGGUGGAUGCUGGAGCAAUAUCGUAUCAGCACAAAAUGCCACAGGAACCUUUCUGGGAUCUUGAGGAUGCUUUUCAUUUCCUAAUUUCUUCUGCAUCCAUGAUCACAGACCCAUACAUCCUCAGAGUGUCUGUAUCAUUUGAGACCGUCUGUCCCCAGCGUUCCACUCAGCUGUGGAGAAACAAAGGUCUCACUAUUCCAGAAGCUCAAAGUGCGGUAAUCAACAUCUCAUUACUGGACGCUUCCAACCUCCUCACCAAAGAACCCAUCUCCAAGAGAGCAUCAUACGAUGUGAUAUUUCUGGUGACAGAGCUACCCAGCUAUGGGACCCUGUCUGUCCCCGAUGGACCGGUCAAUAAAAAGCAUCCCUACUUCCUCCAAUCUGAUCUCAUCGCAGGGGACCUGGAAUAUACCCACCAUGGGCCCAGCAUCCUGGAUGAUCAUUUCACAUUUAAUGCCUGGCUCCGGCACAGUGCUGUGAGAUCAAUUCAACCCCCACAAAAAGAUGGGGGAGCUGUCAUUUCUGGAACAUUCAACAUCACAGUGAGUGACACCAACGAAAUGCCACCACUAUUGCGUACCCAAGGCCAGGUUCUGCAGGUCCUACAGGGUUCUUCCACAAUGCUUUCUCAAGAACAGUUGAAUGCCGUGGAUCCUGACAGUUUCCCUGAAGCAAUCAAGUACAACAUCCUUUCAGGAACAUCCAGUGGCUUUGUAGCCAAUAUCCACAAUAAGCAAGUGCCUGUAACCCAGUUUACUCAAGCAGAUGUCAAUGCAGGGCACUUAAUGUUCAUUGCCAAUGGAACACACUCUUCUGGAAGCUUAGACCUUGCCAUCUCUGAUGGACACAAUCCGCCCAUCUUGACUUCAUUUGAAAUCGUGAUUCUCCCAGCAACAACAUGGGCAACGAAUCAAACACCCUUGGAGAUACCACAGGAUGUUAACAUGGCCUCCCUGUCGCAUGAUCACCUUCUAGGGACUUCAGACCAAGGAGAGCAAAAUACUGUCUAUAGACUCAUCAGGGACCCACAGUUUGGCCAGGUCAAUGUCCACCAAAAGCCUGUGAGAGAGUUUUCACAGAAGCAAGUGGACAAUGGGGAAGUAACGUUUACUUUCACAGAUUUCAUCUCCUCCAAGGAUGAAUUCCAGUUCCUUGCCACAUCAGGAGAUGUCAAUAAAUCUGGUGUUGUGAAUGUCACCGUCAAGGCCUUGGUCAAAACUCAGCAGGAUAUCCUUUGGCCAAGAGGAACCACUGUCCAGCUCGAUACAAACAUCCUUGAUGCAAGUGAACUGGCCAACAGGACAAAGAGCAUUCCAGCAUUCAGAAUCCUCCGAGCACCGCAAGGGAGCAAUUUUGUGAAAGUCUCAAGAGACAAAAGGAGCCUGCCCAUCUCCAUUAAUGCCUUCACCCAGCAUGAUCUUGAGAGAGGGCUAGUUGGGCUAGAAAUCUGGGAAGGAGAACCCUCUGAGCAAAAUCUCCAGCAGGACAGCUUUCUGUUUGAGUUGGUGGCUGAGGGGGUGCCCCCUGCUGUGGAAUCUAUGGCAUACACCACCGAGGCCUUCAACUCCUCUACACCCUAUGGAGCAACAUUGCUCCAAGUGCCCAAUCUUCAAGAGAGGGGGCAUAGCCCCACAACCGAAAGCAUAACACUCUCUUCUGAGAUGUUUACCACCAGGCCCCCAUGGUCAGAAGGCCCCAAGUAUAAUUCCAGUGAGGCGCGUGUUCUUCCGACAACAUGGGCAGACCAAGGGAUGGUGGCCAGUGCCUCUCCAACAGAAACAAGCACAUUCCUUGGCUUCAUCGAAGCCAACAUGUUCAACAUCAUCCUUCCUGUCUGCCUCAUCCUUUUGCUCCUGGCUUUGAUCCUGCCCUUACUGUUCUACCUCCACAAACGGAACAAGACUGGCAAGCACAGUGUCCAAGGGACUCCCCCCAAAUACAAGAAUGGGACAGUGGUUGACCAGGAAACCUUCCGGAAGACAGACCCUAGCCAAGGCAUCCCUUUGACAACAGUCAACUCACUGGAGACCAAAGGAGCAGGACCCAACUCAAAAGGACCAGGGCCCGGAAGCCAGCAGGAUCCAGAAUUGCUCCAAUAUUGUAGGACAUCCAACCCAGCCUUAAAAAACAGUCAAUACUGGGUCUGAGAGCUGGGGCAAGGGACUAAUUAGCAUAACUGUCUCACAGUAGAGUGCCAUGGUCUGUAUGGUUUCCUAAGGAUGCUCUUGCCUCUUCCUCCUUCUCCCCUUCCUCUUUCCUGAUGUAUAUAUGAGACAGUCCCUGGGAUACAAGGAAGUCCCUGCAUGGGCCAAAAUCUUCCUGGACUUUCCAGGCCUGGUUUCCUCAAAGAUGUUGGUUCUUCAAUUGUAGGGAAAUCUCGAAUGAAAUGAGGUCAUUACAAGGCUAUACAUGUCUGAGGGAGCAUAGAAAAGUGCAGAUUUUCUUCUCGAGAAUCAAGUUUCCUCUGUUGUUGCUUUAAAGCAAUUUUAAAGUCCUUAUUGAUGCAACAAUAUGCUUGAAAGUAUGUGGGCAAAGUGAAAUCUUAAAACCCAAAGGGGAGCCUACCAAGGUUUCCAAAGAUCAGGGGUGGGAUUUCAGUAUCCUUGCAUAGCUCCUCCCCAUGACUAGCAAAAGCCCAAAUAAAUUAUGCAAAAUAGUAAGCGCUGCCAGAUAAAUUAUGCAAAACAAAAGAAAGCAUGCACAUUUAUCUAAUAUAUGCACGUUGCAGGAUUCUGCUUUUGGGGGAGGGUGUUGCAGAACUGAGAUGAGCUUGGUGCAGAAUUGUCAGUUUUAUUUUCUAGCACAGUGUUUCUGAAUCUUGAGUCACUGCAAAAUUGGGUGACUUUGGAAGAUGAGUAAAAUUACUAAGUAAUUCCAGGGACCUUGUUGGGAUUGUUUUUUCCCCCAUGCAAAUAUUUUGGGCAACUAAGCAAUGAAACAUCAGGUGAUGUUGGCAAGAAGAAUAGCAGGCACUUGAGUCAUUGUUACAAUAAGCCAAACAUUGAGCUGUUCUAGAAUAUGAAUGAUUUGUUCCAUUCUGCAGCAGGAAUUCCCCACAUGUAAAGAUUUCCAUCAAUGGUUCCCAAAGUCUGGAGGAUGAAGAGUGGCUUGCACUGAUUUCCCCAGGGGUGGGCAGGCCAAAAAUGGUGCUGGCUGGUGUCUUAGGCUGAAGGGGGAAAAUCUGCUGCCAAGAAAAACCCAAAGGGCCUACCCUUCUGGGAAAUAGAGAUAAAAUAAAUUAUUGGCAAUUUCUAUCUCUCCUCUCUAGUAUCUUGCCAGCAUUUCAUGAAAUGAGUGAAUGGCAUGGCUACUCAUGUAAGUGAUGCCUACUCAAAGUAAGCCCCACUUAGAUCAAAUGAGCUUAUUCUCAAGUAAGCAUGCAUAGGAUUGCAGCCUUACAAUGUGCUCCUAUGCAUGCCUAUUCAGGGGAGCGUAUUCCGUCUUAGAUGAAUGUGCAUGAAACAGUCACCUCACAGUACAAUCCUAAAAUGUCUACACCAAAGUAAGUCCCAUUCCUCCCAUGUAAUCUGGCACAGGGUCGAAGCCUUAAUUGCUUAACAGGUAGACUGAAUUGCACAGAUCGCAAAACUGGGGUACUUGGUAGUGGUGGGAGCUCAACCUGUGACACUGCAACUAAGGAGGGUGGGAAACAGUAGCACCAAAUAUGCUUUUGACAUUAAAAAAAAAGAACAAACUCAUGGGACUAGAUCAGUGAAUCCCAUACUUUUUUCCUACAGAGCACUUAAAAAUGGAUGAUAAUCAUGGUGGACCGCAUAAUUUUUUUUCAGCCUGUUGGGGCCAUUGUAAUGCACUGUGCUAGAUGCUCUAUGAUUUUUAAUUUCUUGCAUUUUAUAGUGUUACAAUUUGCAUUCCAUAGAACUCAAAUUGCAAUGUAAUAAAAUGCAAUAUGGGGGGGGGAGUAAUAAAAUGCAAUUAAAAAUCAGUAUGAAUAUUUAAUGUGGACAUGCCACAGACCACCCGAAUAAAGCUCACGGACCACUAGUGGUCCAUGGCCCACAGUUUGGGAACCCCUGGACUCCUGGACAAUAUGAUCAACAAAGACUUUAUUUCCUUGUUUGUCUCCCUCCCCUCCCCACCUUCCAAUUAAAAGGCAAGUCAGCAACAACAAAACAAAACAAAAAACAAAGUCUAGUGACAUCUGAACAGCUAACAAACGUCUUGUGGAAUAAGCUUUCUUGGAGCAGAGUCCACAACCUUUUGACAUAAAACACUUUCACUAGGAAAGGUAGGCAGCCACUCUUUGGUUCUUGAGUUUCUCCUUGCCUUGAACUUCUGAGCCAGGGCUGGCCCUACCAUAAGGCAGAGCCAUGAGUUGGCCACCCUGGCUCAGGCAGCAGAUGUGGGGAAGCAAGGAGUGGUGGCAAGGGGCUGAAGCACAGAGUUGCCUCUGCUCUGUGGCCUGCUAUGGUGCAUGCCAUUAAGCUAGCCCCUUAGCUAUGGUCAGGGCAGGGGUGUAGUGGUCCAGGGUUUCGGGGGGUCUUUGCCCCUUUAUUUUGUUGGGAGCAGGGUCUCUCUGUCUCCAGUGUUCUAUGACCCAGCACGAAAGGGGAGUAUGUUAGCCACUGAGAAGAAUCUUCUUACAUGGUUUCUUGUUCUUUCCUACUGAUUGGAGCCAAUCAGAGUGAAAGGAGGUGAACCAGCCAAUGAGAAGACCCUUCACAGUAGCUAACAUACUCUCCUUGCAUGCUGAUUGGCUCCUAGGGACAUCUGUUGUUCUGGGAGAAAGUGCACAUGGGAAGGACUGAGGAGUGUCGAGAUGACAACGGAGAGCAAGCGAGUGAGGGGGGGGACAUGGCGUGACUAUCAUGAAGGGACGUUGCACUUCUGAAUUUAUUACUACACUACUGGGUGCGGUAGAGAACACUGAUCCUUUCCCAAGUCACAUCCACAGCAUACAUUUAAAACACUCAUACCAUUCUAAUAGUCAUGGCUUCCCCCCAAAAAUCCUGGGGACUGUAGAUUAUUAAGGGUGCUGACAUCACAGAUCUACAAUUCCCAGCACCUUUGACAAACUGCAGUUCCCAUGAUUCUCCAUAUCUGUUAAAGUGGUAUAAAAGUACUUUACAUGUAUGGUGUGGAUGUGCCCACUGUUGAAUUAAGAUCUGACUGCCAGUCCAGUCCACUUCAGAAUGUGGAAUGGGGGGGGCACCAUCUUGUCGUUCAGCCCAGGAAGCAAAUUGUGUAGGCUGGUCCUGCUCUGAGCUCUUUAAUAAGGCUCUGCCUUCAUCCAAGUGGGGCACAUUUGCAGAAAGCAGCAACCUGCCCCCCACCCGUAGGCCACAUCUACACUAUACAUUUAAAGCAUUCUCAUGCCACGGUAGCAGUCAUGGCUUCUCCCCAGAGAAGCCUGGGAACUGUAGUGAUGGUGGGAAUUAUAGAUCUGUGAAGGGUCCCCUAACAACUUUCUGCACUGUCAACAAACUAUAGUUCCCAGGAUUAUAAGAGUGUUUAAAGUGUAUGGAGUUACAACUCAAUUAAAUCCACUGAAAUUAAUGAACCUGAGUUGAUCAUGCCCAUUAACUUCAAUGCAUCUCUUCUGAGUAGAACUAGCGUUGAAUACUACCCAUGGUGUGGAUGUGACCUCACUUCUUUCAAGGCCCCCCUUGAGGCCUAGAUAUUAUAUAAGCUGCUGCCAAAACCCCACCUCCUCCUCCUCCCCGCUCCAAUGAUGUGUUCUAAAAUAAACCAUGUGGCAUGACUUCACUGCGCUCUUGCAUUUCUCCUCCCCCUGAGCAAGUGGCAGCCAAUAAAAAUGGAAGGAGCUGGGAAAUGGGAAGUGUGAUGCAUUUUGUUUUAGUUGGAGGAGAAAGGAGAAGGGAUGUAACUGUGUUACUGUGUAGUUCUGAUCAGAACCCUAGGCUGUGGGAAGCCUGGUUCCCUCAGGAAGAUUCCAGGCCUAUUUUUCACUUUAAAAAUCCAGGUUUCUAGUCCUUUUUGAGAUACAACAAUACUCUACCCAAUUGAUAGCUUUCUUGUGCUUUUCACCAUUGUGCC